UGAGACAUUGUACAAAGAUUCGAAUCUUCCUUCCUAUCCGAACAUUCCGAAACAAAAUGCGGAUCUGACGGCUAUAAAACUCAAUCAAAUCUCCGUUAAGCCCCGUCCGUACCCAAAAUAAUAAAUUCCAACUCAAUUCUCUGGCAUCCAAACGCACAAAGCCACGUUCUUGCCAACAAGGAACAACAACCUUUUACAAGACCAACCUGUCAAAACUCCCCCCAUUCCUCUCUGUUUCUUUCUAUUUUCUCUCCCCGCCGGGAAAUCCCAUUUUCCGGUGGCGGGAACGGAGCUUUGACUGGUUAAUCCCAUCUGGGUUUUCUUUGAGGUUGAGUUUUGGUUCUUGGGUUGGUGUUGGAAAAUGGUGAUGUCUGUGGUUUCUCCGAGGAAGUCUUUAACGGAGGUUUUACAGAGGGUUGGUGGAUAUUCUUCUUCUUCUUCUUCUUCUUCUUCUUCCUCCUCCUCCUAUGGGAGUCACAGUCAGCUCAAGAGGUUUGGAAAUGAGAGCGAGGAUGAUUAUGAUGAAGAUGGGACUAUGGAGCUCGUUCAGAUUGGAGCUGAGAGGACAAAGAACGUGCUGAUUCUUAUGAGCGAUACCGGUGGUGGGCAUAGAGCUUCUGCUGAGGCUAUCCGUGCUGCUUUUCAGAUCGAGUUUGGGGAUGAAUACAGGAUAAUUGUGAAGGAUGUUUGGAAAGAAUACACAGGUUGGCCUCUAAACGACAUGGAACGAUCCUACAAGUUUAUGGUGAAACAUGUGCAGCUGUGGAAGGUUGCAUUCCACAGUACCUCUCCUCGUUGGAUACACUCGUUCUAUCUUGCUGCUAUCGCUGCCUACUACGCCAAGGAGGUGGAGGCUGGUCUGAUGGAGUACAAGCCGGAUAUAAUCAUUAGUGUGCAUCCGUUGAUGCAGCAUAUUCCUUUGUGGGUUCUUAAAUGGCAAGGCCUUCAGAAGAAAGUAGUUUUUGUGACAGUUAUUACAGACCUCAAUACCUGCCAUCGUACAUGGUUUCACCCCGGGGUUAAUAGGUGCUACUGUCCAUCGCAGGAGGUAGCUAAAAGGGCUUUGGUAGAUGGCCUUGAUGAAUCUCAAAUUCGAGUUUUUGGCUUGCCCAUUCGCCCAUCUUUUGCACGUGCAGUUAUUGCCAAGGAUCAACUAAGAGAAGAACUUGAGAUGGACCCUGAUUUGCCUGCGGUGUUGCUAAUGGGAGGUGGUGAAGGAAUGGGCCCUGUUAGGAAAACUGCUAGAGCACUUGGAGAAUCACUCUUUGACAAACAGACUGAGAAACCAAUUGGACAGCUAAUUAUUAUUUGUGGCCGUAAUAAGAACCUUGUCUCCACUCUUGAAUCUGAUGAAUGGAAGAUUCCAGUUAAGAUAAGAGGGUUUGAAACCCAAAUGGAGAAAUGGAUGGGAGCUUGUGACUGCAUAAUAACAAAGGCUGGACCUGGUACAAUCGCUGAGGCAUUGAUCAGGGGGCUUCCCAUUAUUUUAAAUGAUUACAUUCCUGGACAAGAGAAGGGCAAUGUGCCUUAUGUUGUUGACAAUGGGGCUGGUGUCUUCACUCGGAGUCCCAAAGAGACGGCCAGAAUUGUAGCAGAAUGGUUCAGUACCAAGAAGGAUGAGCUCAAGAUAAUGUCAGAGAAUGCACUUAAACUAGCACAGCCAGAGGCCGUCUUUGACAUUGUGAAGGACAUCCACGAGCUUGCCUCGCAGCGGGGGCCUCUAGCAAACAUACCUUACAUACUGACAUCGUCGUUCACUAGUAUAAUUUAAUUUUCACAUAGCAGAUGCUGUGUCUUCUACUGUUAUGUUUGUUAAUAGAAUUCCAUGUACAGGUAGUUCUAAUACCAUAUCAUUCUUUGGUCUCAGUAGCUUAGUGACCACAAUGGGUUAACAAGCUCUGAUAUUUGAAAAAGGAGGUUGUAAUUUUUACAAGCUCUGAUAUUUGAUCGGGGGGUUGUAAACUUUUUUUCUUAGGGGAAGAUAGUAGGAUGAUAUUGAGAAUUCUAAUUAUGUUGUAAUGUUCUGCUCUAGUGUCAAUACUCAUUUUUCCCUCCGUUUCUGUUCAAAAAUGACUUUGCCUUGUUGCUCACUCAAAUGAUAGGUGGGCCUACAAUAUACCAUUACAAGCUUA